AUGGAGGGAGGAAAUGCUUCCGGGGGCCGUCUAGACACGGCCUGGUCCAACACUAGUCUGCCUAUCAAUGAGGUCAGCCUGCUGGGCUUCCUGGGAAUUGUGUCCUGCAAACCCUGCAAAGAGACCUGUGAUGGUGUGAACUGCGGCCCAGGGAAGGUGUGUACGUUGAAGGCUGGACGUCCUCAGUGUGUGUGCUCUCCCGACUGCACUAACAUCUCCAAAAAGAAUGCUGUGUGUGGCAGCGAUGGGAACUCCUAUCGGGACGAGUGUGUCCUCCUGAUGGCCCGCUGUAAGGGACACCCUGAUCUGGAGGUCAUGUACCAGGGAGAAUGCAAAAAGUCUUGCUCCAAUGUGGUGUGCCCAGGUACCCACACCUGUGUGACAGAUCAGACUAACAGUGCCCACUGUGUCAUGUGCCGCACAACCCCCUGCCCAAUACCGCUGAAGUCCGAGGUGCCUAUCUGUGGCAACGACAACAUCACCUACCCCAGCGCCUGCCACCUCCGCAGAGCCACCUGCUUCCUGGGGCGCUCCAUAGGAGUGCGUCACUAUGGCAACUGCUCUAGUGUUCCAAGAAACACUCUGGCUUUGGAGGCCAGUGAGGAGAAUUCACUCUAAAGGGACAGUUCUUGUGUGGUCCAACUGGUACUUCAGUCCACCUGGCACUAGACUUAGCUUAGUCCACCCGGUACGAAGAUUUCCAAGAGAUCACCUUCAAUACGUGAACCAACAUUGUCCCGAUGUUCACUCACCAAGUUCUGAUUUAUGUUGACUACUUUUUUUACAAUCACUUAUCCCCUCCAUCCCUACCCCCUGUACAUAGAACAAUGAUACAUUUGAUGUGGGGGGACCCGUUGGAAGUAGCAGUUUGUUCUUCCAAAAGGAAACCAAUACUGUAUUUGUUGAUGCAUGCAAUGUAUGUUAAAUAGGAUGAUUUGCUCAUGAAACUGUGGAGAAAUAUGUAGGGGGCUUUAAGUAUAGGAAAAUAUGUGUAUAUUGUAAAUAAAUACUGCUACUAUUUAUUGAAGAAGGUAUCAAAUCUGUUCUAUUUAUGUUUUGACCCUGUAUACAAAUCCAUAUAUCAAUAGGUCAGCUGUAUUUAUUGUAUUUGGUUUUAAGGUACAUAUAUUUGGUUUUAAGCUACAUGUAUUUGGUUUUAAGGUACAUGUAUUUGGUUUUAAGGUACAUGUAUUUGGUUUUAAGGUACAUGUAUUUGGUUUUAAGCUACAUGUAUUUGGUUUUAAGCUACAUGUAUUUGGUUUUAAGCUACAUGUAUUUGGUUUUAAGGUACAUGUAUUUGAAUGGCCACUGGCAUUCUUUUAUUUUGGCAAGUUGUUUUUAUUUUUGUGUAUUUUUCAUAUCCCUAAAUAAAGUGCUUUGUCCCCUUAAAAGCAGCAUGACAAAAAAAACUCAAUUUGUUUGGAUACUGGAUACCACAUUUAGAGGAUGACAAUAUAUAUUCUUUCAAUUCAAUCUAAGCAAAACGGGGUAACUGCUGUCUGUAUUUCAGUGUUGUUUGGAGGUGAUGAGAGACUUAGCCAAAACAAAAGUGCACAGUAUGUCUCCUCUCACUUGGCUUUCACAGAGUACGAAACUGUUUACGCUGGAGCCCAAUAAAAUGUAUAAGCCUCCCACUGAUCACUCAAAUUAACAGUUUAGUUCAGUGUGCAGCAAUUUUAUUAGACUGUUGGUUCAACUCCAAGCCUUUACAAUACCUCCACUGUUGAAGUCUUGGCUUUGUUUAUUUUGUAUGUUUGUGGGUAAUAUGAGUCCAAUAUAAUUCCAUUCGGGUUGUUGAAUACACCGUAAUAUAGUGUAACUGCAAAAUCUGACAAAUGUUGUUAGCCUUAUCAAAUUGAAAACAUCAUAAUGCCAAAUGACAUUAAUUUACUCAAAGUUAACUCACCGGAUCCCCAAGCUGUGCAGCCGAAUCUAUCUGUUCAACGUUUAAGUACUAGUGGCCAUUUGAACCAAAUGGGCAGAUAGCUAUUUGCAAAUAGCUAUUGGUUAUUGUGAUGUGAAUGAAUAGUGCUGCACACCCAUUUAUUCUAGAUGAUUUAAUAGAUUUUUAAUUAAAACAAAUACUGUUUUUGAACAAUUUACACUAGUUUCUUGUAAAUAGAACUCAAUUUCAUGUACCUGUGUUCCUACUGUGAAAUUUGAAUGACAAAUGUAUCUACUUAUUUUUGUAUUUUUGUACUGCCGUUUUAUCUCAACAUAAACUAUAGUAUUUGU